UAGUUGCACUUAUAACUCAUUUCGGAAAUCACGCAGAGCGCGUCAGUAGUUAUUUUAUAGCUCUACGAGACAACGAUAACUUGGAAUAAUGGCUGCAGACACGACAGUACCUGUCAGGGACCACAUGGAUGACCCUAUGACCAACUGGAGACACGGUAAACCGGAUUUUGAGUUGGUUAAUAAAAAAUACAUGGAAGAACGAACACGCAGCCAUGCUCCUGGUUCUCUGGAGAAGAUAGUAGAGAAUCUUGUGAAAACUUGGGAAAUGGAAAGCUCGCAUAAAAUGAGUGCAAAGGAUUGGAAAACUGUAAAUCUUGAAAAGUACGAAUUUAUCGUGAAUGGGGGAAGGCCAUUGAAUGUAGCAGAUAACAUAGAGAUGGGUAACUACAACAUGCUUCUGAGUGAGUGUCCAUUGUACAAUAAAGAAGGACAGAACAACGAGACUUCACACACAGUCUUUAAAGAGGCUUUUCCUGAAGGAUUUGCAUGGGAACUAUUGGAGGUUUUGUCAGGGCCACCGAAGGUAACGUUCACUUGGCGACAUUGGGCGAAUUGGAGUGGACCAUACAGAGGUAAUGAACCAACGAAUGAACCCAUCGAGAUGACCGGAUGUUGCAUCGCGACAGUUGAUGACGCGCUCAAAAUUGAAAAGCUGGAAAUAUUCUACGAUCCAAACCCAAUGAUGGCAACGUUGACAAAAUUUAAGUCUAGCAAUUGCCCAGUUGCUAAUUGAAUUGGUUACGGGCAGGGGCUCAUUAAUUUUCUUUUUUCAGAAUUUCAAAAAACAUUUGUUUUUUUUUAUAUUUAUUUUUAUUACACCCUUUUAUCUUUAAACAAAUAAGUUUGCAAACAAGGUAUUUAAUACGUCUAGGCUAUUCUAAAAUAAUUUCGUUCGAGAUUUAAGAUUUGAUUAAUGUGUCUUUUUAAAAAUUACUUUAGAAAAUUGAAAUAACUCUUAUGUUUAUAAUGAUAUUAAUAUUAAUGAUAUUAAUAUUAACCUAAUACGAAUAAUUAAUAAUAAUAAUAAUAAUAAUAAUAAUAAUAAUAAUUAUUAUUAUUAUUAUUAUUAUUAUUAUUAUUAUUAUUAUUGUUAUUAUUAUUAUUAUUUUUAUUAUUAUUAUUAUACAGAAAUGUGUAUCGCACUUUUUGCAAAGGGAUAGGCAAUCAAUGCAAUAAUGCAGUAGGCCACUUUAUUUUAAUUGCUUAAUUUGUAUUUUUGACAGAUGUGAUGCACCUAAAAAUCAUAUAUCUGCUCUUAUAUCUUUGGGACUGAGUUCUCACCAGCAUGUUAGGAGUGGUAGUAGACUACACAAAAGAUAUAUGGUCCCUGUAGUACUAGCUAGAGUAGGCCUGGCUAGGCUAGCUCCACCUAGGUCCACUAUUAUAGUAUUAGUAGGCCUCUAGUCGUGCGUAGUGAUAAUCUUCUGAAGUUUUUCGUUAUUUCUUUUAACCUUUGUGUUGCUGUUAUAAAAUAUCACGGCAAUAUCGGUUUUCGCAUAUUUUAUAGGAAUCUCUAAAAGUUCAUCACCAACCCUCGCUCGAUCGCGAGAAUUUUGGACAUGGCGGUUUAGGGUUGGCACGGUGGGUUUACGGAAGGGCCAAAUGCAUCGGGGACCACGCACACCACUGGGGGUCUCGGACCGAGGAGGGGUAAAAACCCGCCUAAAAUUCGGGCAGAUAAUAUCGUGUUAUAGCUAUAUGAAUGUACCCGUGAAUCCUCGGUGUACGAAAACCAAAUCUUCCCCAAAAAUUGUAAGUGUUAUAGUGAUUUUAAAAUACAAGCUUAAUCAAACAAAUAUUUGUAAAAACUAUGGAAUUUCUGCUCUGUUAAACCAUUUGAACAGCACGCGAAUCGAACCAAAAUUUUGUAGACAGUUACGAUUCAAAAGAUUGGACCCCAGAUGUUUUACGUUCGAUAGGUGUUUAAUUAUAAUUUUUCUGUUUUUAUUAAACAUAAUUUACAGUACUGUAUUACGUAUUUCAAUCAUUUAUAAAUAAAUAAUUAUAUCAUUGUGUAACUUUUCAAAUAAAAGUGAUACUAUGAGCUGGAAAAAUUGGUAUUCUUUUCACUCUACUCACGUUAUUUGAAUGACCACACUUGACAAAGUACUUCGAUGGCCGCGGCUAUGCCGAAACAUCACAGAGCUUUCUUGCUAAAACUAGCACUCAUCUGCUACGAAACCAAAACAAAACGCCGAAACAUCAUAGCCUUCUUGCUAAAACUAGCACUCAUCUACCACGAAACCAAAACGAUAAUCUUCUAGGCCUAAGCCUGUAUUUUUUCAGGAUACUCAAUCAUACUCAAUAGAUGUUUUCUGUCCAAGUUAUUCACACGAUAUUGACAACCUUAUAUAUACGUGCAAGCAGGUAGGACUAUCGGGUAUCACCUGUACGUCUUGAUAUUAUCUUUUUACUUGAACUUAGUUGUAGUUAGUUUAAGUGGGUGUUACUGUUUCUUGUUCUUGUUAUUACUCUUAAUUAAUUUUUAAUUAUGGUUGUAUUGUACUUGCCUCAUUUUGGCCCCUAUUUUGUAACAAACACCUUCGGGCUUCAUGAGAGUUAAUUUUUUGUCAUGCUUUUAUUCUUGUCUGACGAAAUAAAGAAUUUUGUAUUUGUA